GACGGGGGCGCGGGGUGACGGGAUAGGGUCAUGGGGUGUGAUCGCCCCUGAGCCACCGGCCCCGGAGGGCGGCGGCGUGCCCUUGCCCGCGGCCGCGAGCAGCACGCGCGGCCCCGCACUCGCCGGUCCGGCCGCCCGCCCAGCCUCGGCGGCGGCGGCGCGGCCCAUGCGGCUGGGGGCGGAGGCCCGCGCGGGCGGGGCGUCUCAGGUGCGGCCGGCGGCGGCCCGGGGCCGCGGCGGCGGCGCGGGGGGCGGCGGCGGCGGGGCCGGGCGCGGCCCGGUGAUUGGCCGCGGGCCGCGGGGCGUCCGGAGGCGGCCGGGCGGGGCGGGGCGGGGCCGGCGGAGCGGUCGGCGCGCGCGGGCCGGGAGGAUGCUGCUGUCCCUGGUGCUCCAUAUGUACUCGCUGCGCUGCGUGCUGCCGGCCGCCGUGCUGCUGGGCACGGCGCCCACCUACGUGCUGGCCUGGGGGGCCUGGCGGCUGCUGUCCGCCCUGCUGCCCGCGCGCUUCUACCAGGCGGUGGACGACCGGCUCUACUGCGUCUACCAGAGCAUGGUGCUCUUCUUCUUCGAGAACUACACCGGCGUGCAGAUAUUGCUAUAUGGAGAUUUGCCAAAAAAUAAAGAAAAUAUAAUAUAUUUAGCAAAUCAUCAAUGCACAGUGGACUGGAUCGUGGCGGACAUUCUGGCCGUGCGGCAGGGCGCGCUCGGGCACGUGCGCUACGUGCUGAAGGACGGGCUGAAGUGGCUCCCACUGUACGGCUGCUACUUCUCGCAGCACGGCGGAGUCUACGUCAGGAGGAGCGCCAAGUUCAACGAGAAGGAGAUGAGGAAGAAGCUGCAGAGCUACACCCGCGCCGGCACCCCGAUGUACCUUGUGAUUUUCCCGGAGGGGACGCGGUACAACCCGGAGCUGACGAAGGUCAUCUCGGCCAGCCAGGCGUUCGCGGCUCAGCAAGGCCUGGCGGUGCUGCAGCACGUGCUGACGCCGCGCGUGAAGGCCACCCACGUUGCCUUUGACUCCAUGAAGGACUACUUGGACGCGGUGUAUGACGUGACGGUGGCUUUCGAAGGGACCGUGGACGGGAAAGGGCAGCGGAAGGAAGCUCCGUCCAUGAUCGAAUUUCUCUGCAAAGAAUGUCCAAAAAUCCACAUUCACAUCGCCCGCAUAGACAAAAAGGACGUCCCGGAGGAACAAGUGUACCUGAGAAGGUGGCUUCACGAGCGCUUCGAAAUCAAAGACAGGUUGCUCAUAGAGUUCUACGACUCGCUGGACCCGGAGAGGAGGAACAAGUUUCCCGGGAAAAGUGUCCAUUCGAAGCUGAGUCUCAUGAAGACGCUGCCGUCACUGCUGAUCCUGAGCGGCCUGACUGCCGGCCUGCUGGUGACCGAGACGGGGCGCAGGCUGUACGUGAAGACCUGGGUCUACGGCACCCUCAUCGGCUGCUUGUGGGUCAGCAUCAAAGCGUAGGACUGCCCCCGGCCGCGGGCCGUGCGCGCUGGUGGUCGUGGGCGGCCGCGCGUGCACACCCCGUGUCCGAAUUUGCCCAGACGUGUGAAUAAAGCCUUACUGAUUGAACACACGGUCA